CACAGACAGUGACAGCGAAGUUCCGUACCGUGAUCCGUGGAUUUUGUACACAACGUGUUUGUUCAUUUAAAUAUUUUAAAUUCUAAAUGUAUUUUGAUGAUGUCUACACAACCGAUUGCUAAGCCACCUGGUAAAAGCUGGCGAGAAAUAAACCAAGAGCGUAAAGCACUAAAACGCCAACGUAAUGAGGAAAAGAUUAUCAAACGCGAAAAGCGGGCGGCUAUUGAAAAAGAAAACGAAUUGAAAAACGAAGCAGAAACUAAGAAAGAGAACGCUGAAAUAUCUACUAUUAGCAUAGCGGUGCCGGGAACUAUAUUGGAAAACGCACAGUCUGCGGAAUUACGUACCUAUUUGGCCGGCCAAAUCGCAAGAGCCGCAUGUGUGUUUUGUGUCGACGAAAUCAUCGUAUACGAUGAUAUUGGUGAUAAAGUGGACACGAAGAAGUCUAAAUUGGAGGAGGCUGACGGUGUUAAAGUGGCGCGUCGAAGUUGCGUACAAUUGGCGAGGAUAUUGCAGUACUUAGAAUGUCCACAAUAUUUGAGAAAACAUUUCUUCCCCCUGCACAAAGAUCUCGAGUUUGCUGGUCUCCUGAACCCACUUGAUGCGCCACAUCAUUUACGACAGUCAAAUGAUUUCCAUUUUAGGGAAGGCAUAACAAUGAACAAAAAAGUAAAGCCUGGACGAGGUUCCCAAGUCAAUGUCGGGUUGUUACAAGAUGUAUCCACUGAUAAACUGUUAAACCCUGGAAUACGAGUCACAGUUAAGAUGACCAAUACUGAAGGCAGUAAAAAGUUAAAAGGGAAGAUUGUCAGCUUGGCAACACCGAGGGCUGAAACAGGAGUUUAUUGGGGUUACACUGUGAGAAUUGUAAAUAGUUUGAGCCAAGUAUUUACACAGUGCCCUUACAAGGAUGGAUAUGACCUUACUAUUGGAACAUCUGACAGAGGCACUGCUAUAGAUGAUUUGCCAAAUAAAGGAGUGGAAUACAAUCAUGCUCUGAUAGUUUUUGGAGGGUUGCAAGGCAUAGAAAGUGCUUUAGAAAGUGAUGAACAGUUACAAGUUAAUGAAGCUUCUUUACUUUUUAAUCACUAUAUAAAUGUUUUACCUAAUCAGGGCUCGAGAACUAUAAGAACGGAGGAGGCUAUACUCAUCGCUAUGUCAAGCUUAAGAACAAAAUUAAAAGCAAAUAAUGAACCUAUGGUAUUCAAAGAUACUGGAAUAGCAGUCAGUAAUUCAUUACCCACAUCAAAACCAAAUUUAUCAAGUGACGACAACUUAGAUUUAAGCAGAUUUGAUUAAAACUAAGAGAUACAGAAAGGUAUUUUAUUUUAUAAAAGUACAAAAUUUUUAUCUUAUUACUUUAUAGGAAUGUGUACUAAGUUGGUACUUUCUUCUUUUAUAAUAAAAACUUAUAAAUAGCA